GUCAGGCGAAGGCCAUGGGCGGCCCCAGCGGGGGGCGGCCCGGCAUGGCGGGAGCGGCGGCCGCGGCCGCGCUGCUCUGCGCCCUCCAUGUGCAUGCUGCCUGUCAGCAUGCCACUGUCACGCAGGAGCUUCUGCAAGCAGGAUUCCACAGGGAGCUGCUGGUGAAGGUAGAACUUGGUGAAGGAGGGGAGGAUGCAGGAGGAUGCACAGUGGCAGCCAGAAUUCGUCUUCCCCCAGGAAUCUACGUGGAUCCCUACGAGCUGGCAUCGCUGCAGCGGCACAAUUUAACAAAGGCAGUGUUAGUUCCUGCUGCCGUUGAUGUGGAGGCUCCCGAGUACUCAGCCACAGAGCUUCUUGUUCUCCUGUACAUGGAACCCGACCCUUGGUGUUCCCGCUGUUUCCGAGCCGUCUUGCCCAUGCAUGGGCGGUACCACCGGCCUGCAGAGGACAGCGAGGAAGCGUCGGUUGUUCUGAAGAGCCCAGAAGUGCUGCGCUGCUGCUGUGACAAUCGCCUGUCCACAGAGUGCUGGACGCCUGCUGAGGUGGAGGCUCCGUGUUCAAGCAAACCCGAUGGCCCCUGUCAGUGGUACAGCACGAUGCGCAAACCCGUCCCCGAGGAAUUGAUUCUGCAGGUUCCAGUGGGGCUCAGGCAACACAGCUCCAUAGUGUGUGUCCUGACCCUGCUUGCCACGGGGCUCUGCUCCAGCCUGAUUCUGGCUGCUGUCUGCAAACACGGACACUUCUCCGCAGUGACCUCCUCAGAGUAAAGAAAUAAGGAAUGAUUGGCCUCCAUGCAGCAGAACUAAUGGGAUAUUACAUCAGCUUCCGAAAUGAA